CUCUAACUUGACUUGAAAUAAUUGGUUAAUAUUAUCCAUCAAGCAAUGGUCAAAGAUAUUAAUACACACUCUCCUGUUAUUAUGUUCUGAGGAAUUGAUUUUCUGGUUACCACUCUUUGGAGAAUCCUUUGACUUGUUAUGUGUCAAUGCAUGCUUGGGCUUUUGACUGGUCUCCCUCUCAGAUUUAUUAAUAUAAGGUAGUCUAACUUUGGCUCCCUUGGGUCUCUGAUCCCUUUCUUUUUCCUUGGAGUUAUUCUUAUAGUAUAAUUUUGUAGAUAAGAUCAUUCUUUUGCCACACUCUUGCUUGGAAUCUUUGUUAUCAAAAGUAGAGUUUCAUGAAGGUCUAUCAUGAUUUUUGAAAGAUGCUUUGUGACUCUUUGGAGUAAUUUUGGCACCUCUAAACCUUCUCUUUUCUUGAUUUGAUUUCAUUCUUACUCAGCUGGUUUUGCUUAAAGAGUUUCUGAAGUGCAUUCUUUUAAGUUGUUUAUUUGUAAAUAGGCUUUGAGAAAUGGGUUGCGAGGUUUGAGUCCAGGAAAGGCUUGUAUUCAGGAAUUUUGUUGUCAACCUUAUUUAGUACAGUCUAAGGUAAAUUCACGGUAAAUUUUGCGCUUCUUCUUUCUUUUAAUUCUAACAUUUCUGUUGCUGUUAGAUUGAGGUAGUUAUUGUUUUUAUCUUUUUUGGUGCUUGCAGUACCAAUCCGAGCAUCAUCUUUAAAGAAAUAAUCUUUCUCCAUAACAUCCUCUUUAUCUUAAUCGGAAUCUUGGUGUUCUCCUUCUUGGCCUUUUUGCAUUUUGAUGU